AUGGAAGAGACGAGGAACCCGGCGGCGCAGUCCGGCUCUGCCGGCCUGGCGACCCUCUCUGCCGGCCUGGCGAGGUGUCUGGCCAAGGAGAACGUGGGCAGCAACCUGGUGUUCUCGCCGCUGUCCAUCUACGCCGCGCUCGCGCUACUAGCUGUUGGCGCCCGGGGCGACACCAAGGACGAGAUCCUCCGCAUCCUCGGUGCGUCGUCGCGCCGCCAGCUCAGGAAGUUCGUCUCAGGCGUAGCGCAGGACGCGCUCACGGAUCAGUCCGGCUCCGGCGGUCCACGCGUCGCGUUCGCAUGCGGCGUCUGGAGCGACCUCACGUGCCCGCUGAAGGCCGCCUACCGGAGCACCGUCGUGGACAAGUUCAAGGCCGAGGCGAGCACCGUCGACUUCAUCCACAACAAGGAGGCGGCACGGGGCCAAAUCAAUGCUUGGGUUGCCAAUGCCACGAGCAAUCUGAUCGAUUCUAUCUUUGGUCCGGGAUCAAUAACACGACUCACCCGCGUCGUUCUCGGCAAUGCCAUAUACUUCAAGGGCAAGUGGGAUGAGCCCUUCAACAAGAAGUGCACCACGAACAGGCAUUUCUAUCUGCUGGACGGCGGCGAUGUCGACGUGCCCUUCAUGGAGAGCGGCUCGUCCCAAUUCAUCGCCGUGUACGACGGGUUUAAGGUGCUCAAACUACGUUACAAGAUGGCACAAGCGCCAGGUAAUUGUCACAAGCAUACACAGUUCUCUAUGUGCAUCUUCCUCCCAGAUGCCCACGAUGGCCUACCGGACCUGAUUAACACGAUAGCAAACCAGCAUGGCUUCCUGCACGAGCACCUGCCAAAGAAGAAGGUUGAAGUCAAGAAUUUCCGGUUGCCUAGGUUUAAGUUGUCCUUUGAAAGCAGUGUCGUAACAAUCCUGAAGAAAUUGGGGCUUGAACUGCCAUUUGGUGCUGAGGCCGAUCUGUCUCGCAUGGUAGAGCGCAAUGAAUCCGGAUUGCCAUUGGUCGUCGGUGAUGUGAUCCACAAGGCGGUCAUCGAGGUGAAUGAGGAAGGCACCAAAGCUGCGGCCGUCACCAUGGUGAAUAUUGUACUUUUUUCAGCGAUACGGCGGCCGCCACCUCAUAGAGUGGAUUUUGUAGCUGAUCAUCCGUUUGCAUACUUCAUAGUGGAGGAGGCGACCGGCGCAGUUGUCUUCGCGGGGCAUGUCCUAGACCCGUCCAGAGAGGACUAG